CACUACUCCAGUGUACAGUCAUUUUGUACACGCGUUUGGUUUUCGAGAAAGUGCGGAAUUUUCUCGAGAAAACCCUAACCACUGAAGGAAAUGAAGUGUUAUGGUCGCGGCGCUUGCUCCUCUGCUCGUCGUUGCUGCUGAGACUUAGCAAACCGGCGGCAACAUGCGGUCCAGAACUCUGGUAACCCGCAAGAGAACUCCACCUUGCGAGAGAUCCGACUCUCCUCUCUCAUUUCCCACUGGAUUGGACCACAAUGAUAUGCAAGGUCAAAGAAGGGAGAUGAAACAUAAAGGGAAGAAUGUUGUGUGGUCUGUUGCAAUGGACAAGUGUCUAAUUGAAGCCCUCGCUAUCCAGGCUAGAAAUGGGAACAAAAUUGACAAGUGCUUUAAUGAAAAUGCAUAUACGGCUGCUUGUGUAGCUGUGAACUCUCGUUUCAAUUUGUCUUUAAAUAACCAGAAAGUUGUCAACCGUCUCAAGACAAUCAAGAAGAGGUACAAGAUAAUGAGGGAUAUGAUGAACCAAGAUGGGUUCACCUGGAAUCCGCAAGCAAAGAUGAUUGAGUGUGACAAUGAUGAUUUAUGGAAGAGAUACAUUGCUGCACAUCCUGAUGCAAGGGGAUUCCGAGGGAAGCAAAUUGAGAUGUAUGAUGAAUUGAAAAUUGUUUGUGGAAUUUAUCAAGCCCCUAGUCGAUGGGCUAGGAUGACAGGGAACACGAAUGGAAGCCGACAAACGGAAAUAAAGAAUUACGAAGAUGAUUCUGCAUCAUUCCUUUCACCAAGUUCAGAAGAACUGAGCGACACAGAUGGAACUGAGACAGAGUCAUCUAGCCGGCAGGCUGAGUAUGCCCAGAUGCCAGCUGAAAGUCAAGACAUCCCUUUUAUCCCUCCUCUGAGACAACUUCCGAAGCGGGCUCGGGGCUCAGAGGCUCUUCAGGAUGCAAUGUUAGCUGUGGCAUCAAGCAUCCGACACUUGGCUGAUGCACUAGAACAAAGUAAGAAUACAAUAGAUGCCCAAGGACUUCUACAGGCCGUAAUGGAAAUUGAUGGGUUGGAAGAGGCGAAGCAAAUGUAUGCAUUUGAGUACUUAAAUGCUGACCCAAUCAAGGCCAGAGCAUUCAUGACAUACAAUGCCCGAAUGAGGAAAAUAUAUUUGUUCCGACAGUUUUGGUGGUGGAAGUGAUCGGGGGAACUAACUUACUUUGCCGGUGGUGGAUAUAUAUACGGGAUAUAAUCUAGUUUUACAAAGGCUGGUUUUGGUUUGAUGGAACUCAACUCAUAAUUCUUGCAGAUUUUUAUUCAGUGGAUAUCUUUAUCUAGGGAUGAACAUUUUCCGUAAUUUGUACAGAUUUUCUUAGAAUCAGCAGCAGGCAAUAUGAUGAUGAAAAUAGUUUGAUCUUUUCUGCAUAUUCAGAAGUGGAGGAAUGAAUUAUUAAAAUUUUAAGUAGGUAUUUGAAAAUGAAGGUUCUUGCUUUUAUCUUUCCCAGAAGGUAAGAAACAUGAGUUUUUCUUAUCUGGCUGUGUGAUAGUUUGGUUGAGAGCAGAAGCAUACAAUACACAUUCUCUUUUCAGGUUUCGCAUAUUGUAGUAAUCAUCAUCUUCUUCUGCUUUUUAAUUAUUAUUAUUAUGUAAGUUCCAUCUUGUAAAUUAUUGUAUUAGAAUGUAACUCUUGAACUUAGAAUCA